AUGGCCAAGAUCAAGAUCGGAAUCAACGGGUUUGGAAGGAUCGGCCGUCUAGUGGCUAGGGUUGCUCUGCAGAGUGAUGAUGUUGAGCUUGUUGCUGUUAAUGAUCCAUUCAUUACCACCGAUUACAUGACCUACAUGUUCAAAUACGACAGUGUUCAUGGUCAAUGGAAAAAGGAUGUCCUUAAGGUUAAGGACUCGAAGACCCUUCUCUUUGGUGACAAGGAAGUUGCUGUCUUUGGCUCCAGGAACCCAGAGGAGAUCCCAUGGGCUGAGGCUGGAGCUGAAUAUGUCGUGGAGUCCACAGGUGUUUUUACCGACAAGGACAAGGCUGCUGCACACCUCAAGGGCGGUGCAAAGAAGGUUGUGAUUUCUGCACCAAGCAAUAAUGCUCCCAUGUUUGUUGUUGGUGUCAAUGAGAAGGAGUACAAGAAAGAUCUCGACAUUGUAUCAAAUGCUAGUUGCACUACAAACUGUCUAGCUCCAUUGGCUAAGGUUCUUAAUGAUAGCUUUGGAAUUGUUGAGGGGUUGAUGACCACUGUCCACUCUAUAACUGCGACACAGAAGACUGUGGAUGGUCCAUCAAUGAAGGACUGGAGAGGUGGAAGAGCUGCUUCCUUCAAUAUUAUCCCAAGUAGCACUGGAGCUGCUAAGGCAGUGGGGAAAGUUCUACCUGCUCUAAACGGAAAGCUUACUGGAAUGGCUUUCCGUGUUCCCACUGUCAAUGUCUCGGUGGUUGACCUAACUGCAAGGCUUGAGAAAGCAGCUAGCUAUGAUGAAAUUAAAGCUGCUAUCAAGAAUGCGUCUGAGACUAACUUGAAGGGAAUCCUAGGAUACACCGAAGAUGAUGUCGUAUCAACCGACUUUGUAGGUGAUUGCAGGUCUAGCAUUUUCGAUGCUAAGGCUGGAAUUGCCCUCAAUGGUAAUUUUGUGAAGGUUGUCUCUUGGUAUGACAAUGAAUGGGGUUACAGCAACCGAGUCGUCGACUUGAUCCGUCACAUGGCAUCUGUUGCAUGA